CCUAUCAUGGAGAAUGUUUAUCUGGGCAGGACGUUGAUUAGAUUACCUUAGGUCCUCCUCUAGUCUUGUGCGUCAGGAGAUCUAGACUUUUUACGCUUGGCCCACUGUGAUUGGGAUGUUUCCUGUUUACUCUUGAUCCCGCGCAACACCGGCCACUCUUCGUUGAUCAUAUUAAAUCCCACUUUAUUUCCCUUGUGAUUAUCUUCGCCUCAGAAACAACGUGGCAUGUUUUCUGUGAAUCGUGUGAUUGACGGCCUCGCUAAAUGUCCCAUGGUGGUCUUAGAUCCUGCACGUUGAGAGACCUUGUUUGAAACUGCAUAUACCCAUCCAUUUCUCAUCUGAUGGAUGAUCGUUCCCAUCGAAUAUACCGAAUGCACAGGGCAGUUGGCAGUCGCUUACUGCCUACAAUCCUUUGCGCCCUGCCCUGGGUCGGCCGCGUCCACGCCGGAGUCCCGUAUACACCCUCGAGUCUCAUAUACUCUCCCCACCAGAACGGUUCGUUUGCCUACCUGCUCCGACCCGGAGACCCAGAUCAAAAUAGGACGGAGUUCCUCUCACUAAAUGUCUCCGGUGACAUUGACCCAGAUAACCCGGUGUAUACCGUGCUCCUGGACGAGGCACCCUUCCGAAACCACAGUGGGACAUCGGCAUCGGCAUAUGUCUCUGUUGUCGAUCAGUAUGGUGUGGUGAAGGUUUACACGGGCGACUGCCAGAAUCCGGAUGACCAGGGUAUGCUAUGGCAGUUUCAACCUGAUUCGAGCAGUUCUACCGGUAAUGGGACAUGGGCGAAAUUCUCGGUGGAUGGAACCGAGGGUCAGACUUCCGGGCCAAAUUAUUUGUCGGCUGGGUUUGCAUUUGCGUCUUCCAACACCACCCAGACCUCUUUGUUUGCCUUUGCUGGCAUGUGCCCCUACCAAGAUGACCCUGGAACGUCCUGGAUCGCGGCCGCAAACUACUCCCAGAUGAUGAUGAUGUUAGACCCGGUGACCUCUGAUGACGGAGGUUUUUACCAGGCUUCAACCACUAGUGAUAGAGCACCUCCAAUCCCAGAAGCAGGAUUUACCAUCACUCCUUUACAAGCCACGUACGCAUACUUGGAUGGUGAGCGCCGACAACAGCAGGACUUUUUGUUGAUUGGUGGCCACACUCAGCAGGCAUUUAUCAAUAUGUCGGAACUGGCUAUCUUUUCGGCCCCGCAAAACAGUUGGAGCUUUGCCACGGUUGAUUCUGUCAUAGAGACGCAGAAGACUGAGCGAGCAAUCCGUGAUACCUCAGUUGAACCCCGGUCUGGUCACACCGCCGUUCUCUCGCCGGAUGGGAGCCAGGUGGUUGUCUUUGGGGGCUGGGUCGGCAACACUAGUGUACCUGCAACACCCCAGCUCGCUGUUCUCGAAAUAGGAGGUGGCUUUGCCGGCUCUGGAGAUUGGGUCUGGAAGAUACCGUCCAUGACUGACGCGGGGAUCGCCGACGGAACUGGGAUCUACGGACAUGGGGCUACAAUGCUUCCUGGAGGAGUUAUGAUGAUCGCAGGGGGAUAUCAGAUAUCUCAAUCUUCGAAACGUUCUGUGAUGGAAUCCCAGCUGAACCCAGAGGUUUAUCUGUAUAAUGUGACCGCAGGCAGUUGGGCGCCUUCAUACCAAAACCCCAACGCAGUGGCGCUCCAGCAGUCUGUUGGUGUUUCUUCUGCAGAGUCGGGUUCUUCUUCAUCGAAAAAGGCCGGCCUUGGGGUUGGGCUGGGCCUGGGAAUUCCUGCCCUGGCUGGGCUUGCCAUCUUCGUUUUCUUUUUUCGCCGAAGGCAUAUGGCACGUCGAACACGGAGCCGGGAGCUUCGCAAGCUGGCGUUAGGUGCGCAGAGAGCCCACUUCUGGGGGAGAGACGAACCGAAUAUGGCUAGCAGUAUCAGAGAUCCUUCGAUGAGCGAGGCGGGAGUGAAUAGCGACUAUCCUUGGAACAUGAAUAACAACAAUCGAAGUUUUGGAAGAAACCGCAACUGGCGAGCAAAUGGAGAAGCGGCCGCGGAAAGAACUGGCUUGCUCGGAGAUGUUCCAAGCCCUGCGAAACAUCAUCGACCAGCGUCGAAUGCUCGAAUGCACCGCCCCCCUACACAAUAUAAUGACUAUAGGAGAGGGGAAGCAACCAGCGAUAUCCACCCAAUCGAUGAACGCGAGGAAGAUGAAGAACGUUCUGCGGGAAGGAGUGGCGCACGAGAUCCCUCGGACCCCUCCACAGGGCCGGAAUUUCCCAUACCCCAGGAACCAUGUCUGAAGGGGAAGCCCCCUGGCCCUUUUUCUGGCUCGGAAUCUGUUGCCUUGGGCAGUCCAACUGCAGACGGACGCAUAUCGCCCGAUAAGAGUGAGCGUACCUCAUCCACGCUCUCGGACUCUUCGACGUCAUCAGCGAAAUCUACCAAAUCCGCCUGCACAUCUGGUCCCAGCGGAGAAAAAUCUCGAAACCGAGAUAGCGUAGCCACAACCCUAUCCUACGAGAAGCGCUACUCAUCCGAUUCUUACUCUACCGCGCACACCUCAUUCUCUCAACGACAGAUAGAAGGCGAGCACCUCCUCCAAGAUGCUCCCGAGCCAUCUGCCGUCCUAGUUCUUAGUCGGCCGCGAGCUUCCGAGUGGAUAGGAAACGUCCGGCGAGUACUCUCUGUCACCCGAAAACGACCGUCCAUCAACAAAGAUCCAAACCCAGCUUCCCUCGCCUCCGGGAUUGAUGGAAGACACACCGUGCUCGGGAUUUCCGCCGCGGAAGCAAGAAUCCCCCAAAGAUCCGUGAGUGCGUCCGCCGAGCUCUUUAGACGGAAGCAGGGAGCCAAGGACUGGGGUGCCGGAACCAGGGCCUCUCGGGAGUCGAUGGGCGGGAUGGCAUUCCACACGGCCCGGUCGACGCGCGCUGAUUUGGGGCUCGAGAGAAGGCUGGACCCGGAAAGCGACGAAGACUGGGAUGUCGAACGUGCCGCCGAGGGCCGUCGGGUGCAGGUGACAUUUACGGUGCCGAAGGAGAAGCUGCGGGUUGUCAAUGCGACGGCUCGUGAUCUGGACGAUUUAUCGGAGAAGUCGGUCAGUCGGAGGAACAGUUCUUCAUAUUCAUAAUUCAGACUUGAUCCUGCUUUGCAUAGUGUUGGUGGCCGUGGAGGUUAUUCUCUCUCCACCUGCGCUUGGAGGCUGAGGUAGGUAUUCGGAUAUCCCCGUGUUGCGGCGGGGGUUGAUUGUUUUCAUUUCUUUUCGUCUUCCUGUCGACUUUCAGACUGUUACCCACUUGUGAUGUUU